AUGGCUUCUAUCUGUGGAGGUAGCUUAGCACUCAUGGAUGCUGGCGUACCAAUUGCAGAACCUGUUGCAGGUGUUGCUAUGGGUCUGGUCACAAAAAUGCACUCUACAAAAGCCAAUGACAUUGAAAAUUACAAGAUCCUCACAGAUAUUCUGGGGAUUGAAGAUUAUUUGGGUGAUAUGGAUUUCAAAUUGGCUGGUUCUAAAAAAGGAAUUACUGCAAUACAGGCUGAUGUCAAAAUACCUGGCUUACCGCUGAAAAUUAUUAAUGAGACCAUCAUUCAGGCUUUUGUUCUGUCUUUAGUCACAUUUUCUUUCACCUCAGUUUCCUUUCUCACUUUUUUAUUUAAAUUUCUUUUUACCAUAAUUUUUGCCAUUUUCCUGAUUUUGUUUUUCAUCUUCGUCCUUCUUUCAUAUAUUCUCUAUCUCCAUUUUCUUUCCAGUUUUUAUUUUCAUUGGAAUUUUUUUCAUUCCUCCUCUUUCUCAAUCAUCAUGACCUUUCUUUCCUCCUCUUUCUCAACCAUCAUGUCCUUUCUUUCCUCCUCUUUCUCAAUCAUCAUGACCUUUCUUUCCUCCUCUUCCUCAAUCAUCAUGACCUUUCUUUCCUCCUCUUUCUCAACCAUCAUGUCCUUUCUUUCCUCCUCUUUCUCAAUCAUCAUGUCCUUUCUUUCCUCCUCUUUCUCAAUCAUCAUGCCCUUUCUUUCCUCCUCUUUCUCAACCAUCAUGACCUUUCUUUCCUCCUCUUUCUCAAUCAUCAUGUCCUUUCUUUCCUCCUCUUUCUCAAUCAUCAUGCCCUUUCUUUCCUCCUCUUUCUCAAUCAUCAUGACCUUUCUUUCUUACCUCAAUCUUACUCUAUUAUCAGGUCCUUUCAUUCUUCACUCAUCUUUUUCUAUUGUCAUGUAA